AAAUCAACAAAUUACAUUACAGAGAACCAUUUUCAUUUGCAUUUGCAUUUGAGAGCGACCGGCGAGGGAGGCAAUCGGCGAUGAGCAGUUGUGGAUCGUCCGGCGCGGCGGAGAAGGACAAGGAGAAGGCUCGGGUGAGUCGAACGUCGUUGAUACUGUGGCACGCGCACCAAAACGACGUCGCGGCGGUGAGGAAGUUGCUGGAGGAAGAUCCGGCGCUGGUGAAGGCGAGGGAUUACGACAACCGCACGCCGCUGCACGUGGCUUCGCUCCACGGUUGGGUCGAUGUUGCCAAGUGCUUGCUCGAAUUCGGUGCUGACGUCAACGCUCAGGAUCGCUGGAAAAACACUCCUCUGGCUGAUGCAGAAGGAGCGAGAAGAAGUGCAAUGAUUGAGCUUUUGGAAUCACAUGGAGGCUUGUCUUAUGGUCAAAAUGGAAGCCAUUUUGAACCAAAGCCUGUUCCACCUCCAUUGCCAAACAAGUGUGAUUGGGAAGUUGAUCCUUCUGAGCUGGACUUUUCCAAUUCGGUUUGCAUUGGGAAGGGAUCUUUUGGGGAGAUUUUAAAAGCCCAUUGGCGUGGAACACCUGUUGCUGUCAAACGCAUUCUGCCCAGUCUUUCAGAUGAUAGAUUGGUGAUUCAGGACUUCAGGCAUGAGGUUAACUUACUUGUGAAGCUUCGACACCCUAAUGUUGUUCAAUUUCUUGGAGCUGUUACUGACAGGAAGCCCCUUAUGUUAAUUACUGAGUACCUGAGAGGAGGUGAUCUUCACAAGUACCUCAAGGACAAAGGUGCACUGAGUCCUGCAACAGCUAUCAACUUUGCCUUGGAUAUUGCCAGAGGGAUGGCCUAUCUUCACAAUGAACCAAAUGUUAUCAUUCAUCGAGACCUAAAGCCAAGGAAUGUUCUUUUAGUCAAUUCGAGUGCUGACCAUUUAAAAGUUGGAGAUUUUGGACUUAGUAAGCUUAUUAAGGUUCAGAGUUCUCAUGACGUAUACAAGAUGACGGGUGAAACCGGAAGCUACCGCUAUAUGGCUCCUGAAGUUUUCAAACACCGGAGAUAUGACAAGAAGGUUGAUGUGUUCUCCUUUGCAAUGAUUCUGUAUGAGAUGCUAGAAGGUGAACCCCCCUUUUCAAAUUAUGAACCUUAUGAUGGAGCAAAAUAUGUGGCAGAAGGACACAGGCCUACUUUUCGGGCAAAGGGUUAUACCCCUGAACUGCGAGAGUUAACAGAUGAGUGUUGGGCUACUGACGCAAAUCAAAGACCUUUCUUCAUAGAGAUCCUUAAAAGGCUUGAAAAGAUCAAGGAAAAUAUACCUUCAGAUCAUCAUUGGAGCUUGUUCACUUCAUAAAUUCUAGGAUCAUUAGUGUCCAGAAAUUUAGAUGACUAUCAGCCAUUACCAUUGAUUACAGCAGGUUGCCUUCUCUACUGCUGCGGGGUUUGUGAAUAAAGCCAACUUGGAAAACCUAUUGAGGUAGUGAGGCUUGUUUUCAACUGUUAGACUCUUAUGAGCGUAACUUGUUGAUGCUGAUUGCUUUUAUCACAAUAUAAGGUGUCUGUCUACAUUCAAUUACUCUUGUCCAAUUAAAAAUCUUGCGAUGUUCCAUUCAGCUAUUCAAGUGAGUACUAGUUGUUGCUUAAGUGUAAUGUGUUUAGUGUACA